CCUUAUCGGCUUCCUUCCCGUUGGGUUCUAUCCGAGACAGCACCGAGAGCUCCGGGAGAGAAGCGCACGCACCUCCGUCCCUCGUCGGGAGCGCAGAAAUGGCGACCCUCUCGAUGGUCUCCGUCCCCAUCGCCACCUCCUCCCUGCCCCUCUCCGCCCGAGGCCGCAGCUCCUCCGUCUCCUUCCCCGUUCCCAAGAAAGGGGGUAUUGGUCAUGGUGGCCUGCGGAUCGAGUGCAUUCGUAUUGGUGGAGUGGAGAUCCCGAACCACAAGAGGGUAGAGUACUCACUGCAGUACAUCCAUGGCAUUGGGCGGUCACGCUCCCGUCAGAUCCUCUUGGACCUCAAUUUUGACAACAAGGUCACAAAGGACCUCUCCGAGGAGGAAGUCAUCACUCUCCGUAAGGAGGUUACCAAGUACAUGAUUGAGGGAGACCUUAAACGGUUUAAUCGUGUGGCGAUUGAGAGGUUGAAGGAGAUUAGGUGUUACAGGGGCAUCCGCCACAAGCUAGGGCUGCCAGUUCGUGGACAGAGGACGAAGAACAAUUGCAGGACGCUGAAGGGAAGGAGGGCUUCUGUUGCGAAGAAGAAGUCGCCUGCUUCCCAGGAGGAAUAAGACACAUUGCCAUGUAUUUACCUUUGGUUCUUUGCCUCUUGUUUAUUUUUUGUGUUCUGCUUGACCACGCUCUUGUCUGGUAUUAUGAGAUUUUAUGUUGGUGUCGUCAUAGAUGAAUCACGGGUUGUGAUCUGUCACUGAAAAAGUUAUAUUUGUCACCUGUCUUACAUGAACUGAUGCUAAAUUAAGGUUAUACUAUGUUUUUCAGUCCAUCA